GACUAUAUUUUAAUUGGCCUUCACAUUGUAUAUAUUUGGAGAAAAGUGCAUGGAGUGUAAUAAGUCCUAUCUUGUUAUAGUGAGAGGGAGAGAUGGGAAGUGAAGACUCCAUCCCAAGAAAGCAAGCAUGCCAACAAAUUCAAAUCACGUACAAGCUCAAAAUACUACUCCUAAUAGUAGUAACCAACCUCUUGACUAUUUACAUUUUCACUACCCCUCACUCAAACUUUGAUCAUCCACUUUCAAGAAUCUCCCAACUCCCCUUUUGGGACACCAAACCCCUCCUCCUCAAGCUCAACUCCACACAAGACCAACUCACCGCGUCUCACUCCCAAAUCGCCGACUUGCAAACUCAACUCAAGUCAGCUCGCGAGCUACUCGGAACACUGCUCGACCGCCUCAACCGGGAGACCAUCAGCCAAGCCGUGCAGGAUCCCUCUAAAACCUUCGAGGACAUGAUCAAUGACAUACCUGUCCUCGAGGCCAAGCUCGCGAUCGGGCCCCACACGCUCCCCCUCGGGAACACCCCAUGGAUCGGGUCGGAGGUCUACGCCUCGAUCGGGGGAGGGUGCCUGAAGCACAAGCAGGACCUUGCCAGGUACAUGUCGUAUGACGUCGGCGGGGAGUGCCCCUCCGACGACAUAUUCGCUCAGACGCUCAUGCUCAAGGGCUGCGAGCCCCUCCCCCGGCGGCGGUGCCACCCGAGGCCGCCCCCGAACUACCCCGAGCCGCAGCCACUCCCGGGGAGCCUGUGGGCCACCCCACCCGACACGAGCAUCGUGUGGGACCCCUACACGUGCAAGAACUACACGUGCCUAAUAGAGAGGAAGAAAUUCCCCGGGUCCUACGACUGCAAAGACUGCUUCGACUUAGAAGGCAGGGAGAAAACGAGGUGGGUCUCUGACAACGGCGGGCUCGACUUCGGAAUGGACCAAGUGCUGGCAGCGAAGCCGCCCGGCGCAGUCCGGAUCGGGCUGGACAUCGGGGGCGGGUCGGGCACCUUCGCAGCGAGAAUGAAGGAGAGGAACGUAACCAUUAUCACAACAUCUAUGAACUUCGAUGGGCCCUUCAACAGCUUCAUUGCGUCGAGGGGUUUGAUUCCGAUGCACGUGAGCAUCUCGCAGAGGUUUCCCUUCUUCGAGAACACGUUGGAUAUUGUUCAUUCUAUGCAUGUGUUGAGCAACUGGAUCCCUGAUGCAAUGCUGGAGUUCGCUCUGUACGACAUAUACAGAGUGCUGAGGCCGGGCGGCCUCUUCUGGCUCGACCGCUUCUUCUGCUUCGGGGCGCAGCUCAACGCCACCUACGUGCCCAUGUUUGAGCGGGUCGGGUUUAGGCGGUUGAGGUGGAACACCGGGAUGAAGCUGGAUCGAGGCAUUCAGAAAAAUGAGUGGUAUUUCUCUGCUCUCUUGGAGAAGCCCAUGGCUUGAUGAGAAUGAAUUUAAUUUGUUUUUCAAAAUUUGUCUUCUUCUUCUUCUUCUUCUUGUUUUGCUACGUUAAACAACGACUAGUUUUGAUCAUAUAUAGUCUUCAUUUCUGUUA